UAGAGUACUGGUGUGAACAAGAGAUGACGAAAAUAACGUAGAUGUUUUAAAUGCAUUAUUUUUAGAAUUAGUCGAAUGGGAAAUGUACGCAUCAAUCAGUUUUCAGUCAAUUAUAAUAAACAAAUAAAGUAUUGUUCAAAAUAAGUUUGGAUUCCUAAUAUUGCUGUCAAAAAAUAAACUAAAAUUGAACAGUUGUUACUGUCUUAGAAGCACGUUUCAUAUAAAAGAUUUGCAUUGUUUUCGUAUAGUCGUAAAAGAUGAAAUUAAAAUCAAAACUAAACUAGAAAUACUUCACUAUUUAUAGAAGUACUAGCUAAGAUGUGUAUAUUCAAACAAUUCAAUUCCACAGAAAAUGAACUAAGCACACACAAAAUUUAAAUUUUCAAUGUCAAACAAAAGAAAAUAUUAUGGGGUGCAUAUAUACAUAUGUAUGUAUGUAAAUGCAAAGAAAAAAACAUUAUAUACCACGCAGUAAAAAUUAUAAAAAAAAAAUAAAUAAAAUAACAAACCUAUAAGGACUAUUAGAAAAUGCUUAAAGCCGGUUCAUAAAGAAGUAAAUAAAUAACAAAAGCAAAGCGUGCAAAAAAUAAAAUACUUUGUUCGGUCUUUGCUCCCGCAUGGCUGGUGGUAGCUAACAGUGAUAAGUCAGCUAUUUAUAAAUAAUUGCACUUUUGAACUUACCAUUAUCUUUUUGAAUCCAAUGUUUCGCGUGAAGGUGACUAAAGUUUUCUUUUUCGGAUCUAAAACCGAAUCUUCAACAAUUCUCACUGGUGCAUUAUUAUAAAAACGUUGACCCCAUUUUGGCACUGGAUUUGUUUUGGAUAGUUAUAGACUGUGACUGAAGACAAUUAUCAAAUCAACCAAGCAACCAAAAAUUAAUCUAAAACAUUAACAAAAAAAAAAGCAAAAAAUCGUCCUUUUUCUCUACACACUCUAUUAUGGAUUGGAGCUGGGCUGUUGCCGGUGUCAACGAUGAAAUACCACGUACAGCCGGUUCGGAAUGCAUCAACUACAUGACGAAUCGUCGCCGCUGGAUUGAAUCCACCAUUUUAAGUGCAAUCUUCAUUUAUCUAAUAUGCUGGGCCGCAAAACGCAUGGAUCCGAUAAUAAUGCCACCGCUGAAGGAGAUCAAUAAGCCACACUCCGCCAUAAGACUCAUGCUGAUGAUAUUGAUGACUUUCAUAUUUGGCGUGGAAAUGGGCUUCAAAUUUGCCAAUAAAAAUAUGAUAUAUGUUUUGAAUCCCUGUCACAUCCAAACUUUAGUGCAGAUCUACCUUUUAGCAGCAAAGCCCAGUAAGACGACCAUCGCUUUAUUUCGCAUACAAAUGAAUAAUUUAAACGGUCCCUUUUUGGCGUUUCUAUUCCCGGAAGUAGAAUGUCGUACACUACAUUUUGAACAGGCAACAUAUUGGAUUCAGCAUGCUCUACUCUAUAUAAUACCGGCGUAUAUAUUAAGAAGUGGCGCGUAUCAAAUUGAGGACUUAUACGACUACAAUUGGACUACUAUCGGGACUGCUACAAUGCUGCUAUAUCAUUUCGCCUUACUGACCCCUUUAUCAAUGUUUACCGGCAUAAAUCUCAGCCAUAUGCUAUGCGCUGCGCUAUCAGAUCCAUUUCAAGGACAAAAUUAUCGCAUCGCCGCAACAAUACAUGAAAUCUUUCUAUGCCCCAUAUUGAACAAAACAACCGUACUAAUGUUUAGCAAACCAACAGCUGUGUCUACUGUCAAAAGACUAAGACCCAAAUUUGAAUUGCCACUAAAUAACAGCACCAGAAACGAGAGACGUGUCUCAACCGAUAAUCCGUUACUCACUACACGCGGCAGCCAUACACCCGAGCUGCUGUCCAAAUCGGUACCGACGACACCCAUAUCUUUGGCACCAACCACAAACAGUUCACCAAUAAGUGAAAUUUCAUUGGUUGCCGAAAUGGCGGCCGCUGUGGCUGCUGGCAGUGGACCUGUCACCAUGAUGCGACGAAUGAAACGAAAUUCCAUAAAUUUAGUGACGUCAGAAGUUGUAGAUGUUGACGGUAAAUCUACAAAGCCAGCCACAAAAAUUGACUAGUAUUUAACGUUGAUUUUUGCCAGAUCCUGGUGGAUACACACUAAUUCCAUUUCAUGCUCAUAGUACUGGUAUAGUGAUAUUGGAAAAGCAAUAAAAAAGUGCGAUUAAUUUGGCAGGUCAAUUGUAUUUGAGACUAAAGGGCUAGAAAAUCAAGCGGUCAUGCUUUAAUGUACCUGAGUAAUCCGGAAGCUGAAAAUGUUAAUAAAUUCAGAAAGGAAAUUAAAAUUCAAAAUUAUGGUGGCAAUAAAUCUUAAAUUUUUUUACAUAAGCGGCUGUAAGUUAUAUAAAUAUAACGAAUGUGAGCAGUUGUAGGAAUGUAAAUACAUAAAUAGAACAUUGUAACUUCGUAAAUUAGCAUACGCUCUCAAAUUAUUGUAGAUGUAUACAUACAUACAUAUGCAUGCAAACAUAUGAUAAUUUUACUUUUAAUUUUAAAUGUAUAUAAGUAACUUACACACAUUAAUAAUUACUACUCGAAACCUAUAAUAACUUUGAAUAAAUGAUUUUUUUCAUGCAACCUAAGAGAUUGCAUAAGAAAAAAUUCAAAACUUUUUAUAUACAAUUAGGAUUGUUAGAAAAGUUAUUGCAAAACAGUUCCGGAUAAUCGGUAAUCAAAACAACCAAUUGUCUUAAACUUCAAAUGCUCAUCAAAAAUUAUUCUCAAUAUUAGUCACGAUGUUGUUAAGCAUUACAACUUAAUAACUACAACAAACACAUACAUAUGUACAUACAUAUAUGAAUAGUGUUAAGAAAACUUUUAUCAAUUUUUCUUGCCAAUUAAUGAACAUGUUAACUAUGUAUGUGGUAUUCGAAUAAUGUCCGAACAAACCGAAAGAUAUGGUGAAUAUGUGGAAUUUUGCUUAAUUUUCAAACCAAAAUUAAAUAAGGCAACAGAAAAUAUUUCAAAUAAAUAUUUGCCACUUGUGAUUUCUCAAAUGAUGAUUAUAAUUUUAAAAUAUAAACGGAAAAUACGCAUUAUUAAUAUAUGCCAGAUAUAAUAUACCAUUUUUUUUAGUAGAGGUAUGCACCGCGACCUAUGGUCUAUUGUAGCCAUAAUAUACCAUAGAUAAGAUUAACUUAUCGUAAAUUACAUGAUUAAAUAAAACAAAAUAAAUGUAUUGCCUACAAAAUUUAGUUAAACUAAACUAAUACUCAAAAUGACUGUAAUCUGUUUCCAAAGACAUAUUAUAUAUAUGAUUAUAUAAUACUAUUAUUACUUUAAACAAAAAUAAAACAAUAAAAACAUAUUUUAAAAACAUAUCACACGUCGUUUCAAUAC